UUAUUAAACCAGCCUUAGCAACAAGGAAAGCAGCCUUCUCCUAUUGGCUUUUUCCCAGCGUUCAGCUGUCCUCGAUUAGCCCUCCCCGCUGCCACUCAGCAACGAAAAUGCGCGAAGAUUGUCCGUGGUGCUGCGGAUCCAAGGGCAGCAGGGCUGGGUAGGGUUUGGCCCUCAUAACGCAGUGGAUGCUGAGGGGUGGAGGGGGUGCUGAAAAACACUGCCGUUCCUUCCCGCUAUGGAAAUCUUAUUUGAAUGCAACUGCCACAAUUUGAUGGAGGCAUGCUUUACUUCCACUUCGAGUCCAUUUGUGUCGAGUGACGGCCGCCUGAUGAGGCUGGAAAGCGCCCACAGUUCUGCAGCAUCUCCCGUGUAGACGGCCCUUCAGAGCCGGUUACGCACCACAUCGUCAAUAAUUCUGCAGAAAGGCACCAUGCUGACCAGCAUCACUGACGGGAUCCUGUGCUGCCUGACGGGGAAGACCACCAGCCUGGUCCUGCCUCUGGAGUCUUCAGAGCCCUCCGAUGGGUUUGAGUUUGUGGAGGUGAAACCAGGGAGGGUUCUGCGAGUGCGGCACAUCAAACCAGAUCGCCAGCGCAUGGACACGGAAAAACAAGAUGCCGGGAAGAACAAGACAACUGCUGACUGUGAUAGCAAUAACGAUGCCUCUGUUCGGGACUCCAUUAAUGAUGAUGUUGGCACCAGCGUCCACUGCAAGAGGAAGAUCACGGUCUAUCGCAAUGGCCAGCUGGUGAUUGAGAACCUCGGCGAUGUUUUGCAUUCUGAGAUCCUGCAGUGUCAGGAUGGAGAUGUGGAGCCCUGCAGCACCGUGGAGGUGGAGCUCGCUGACUACAAAGAGAUGCCCUCAUCUCCUGACCCCAACCCCGUUCCCCCAGUUCCAUUGCCUUCUGGAGAGCAGAAGCCUGCUCCGCCUCCCCGCCGCCGUCGUCGCAAGCCUAAACGCACCGUGCUGAUUGACUCGACACGGGUCAUCUCGAGCUGCAAAGGAACGCAUUCGGACGUGGCGCUGUUUUUUGUGCACGGUGUGGGAGGCUCUCUGGACAUUUGGAGCAGCCAGCUGGAGUUCUUCUCCCGUCUGGGCUAUGAGGUGAUCGCACCUGACCUGGCUGGGCACGGGGCCAGCACUGCUCCGCAGAUCGCAGCGGCUUACACUUUUUACGCACUGGCAGAGGACCUUCGGGCCAUCUUCAAGAGAUAUGCUCGGAAAUGGAACAUUCUCAUAGGCCACUCAUAUGGAGUAUCAUUUUGCACAUUCCUUGCCCAUGAAUAUCCUGAUCUGGUCCAUAAGGUAGUGAUGAUCAAUGGAGGGGGCCCUACAGCUCUGGAACCCAGUCUCUGCUCCAUCUUCCAGCUUCCAUCAUGUGUCCUUCACUGCCUUUCACCUUGCCUGGCCUGGAGCUUUUUGAAAGCUGGAUUUGCUCGCCAAGGUGCAAAAGAGAAGCAGUUGUUGAAGCAGGGCAACGCAUUCAAUGUGUCUCCGUUUGUCCUGCGGGCAAUGAUGAGCGGUCAGUACUGGCCCGAGGGCGAUGAGGUUUACCAUGCCGAGCUCACUGUGCCCAUUCUGCUGGUUCACGGCAUGUGUGACAAGUUUGUGCCCAUGGAGGAGGACCAGCGCAUGGCAGAGAUCCUCCUGUUUGCCUUCCUGAAGGUCAUUGAGGAGGGAAGUCACAUGGUCAUGAUGGAGUGUCCUGACACUGUCAACACCCUCCUCCACGAGUUCUUCCUCUGGGAGCCGGACAUGUCCAGAAAGGGAGAGGCCAACCACACCGUUUCUGUCUGUGACACUAUCAACACGCUGAAGAUCAAAAAGCCUGUGGACAAAUAACGCUCCCUCUGUCACAUCACCAAGCGGAAGGCCGUUGUUUUGCAUCUAUGUGUUAAUAAGGCCCCGUGGCUGAGAGCGAUUCCAAGGAGGGCCAUGUCUUCAGGAUGUGGGUGAACGCUUGUGCUCCGAGAUAGAGCAGCGAGGAACAUUGGAUGAGAGGAAGGGACACAAACACACAGUUUCUUUUCCACUUCUGCACCAGUUUGUGCUCCGCUUGCAAAAUGACUUCCUCGGUGCUCAAAAGAACUGCCAUUCGUGAUCUGUGUGUGAAAUGUUUGUGAGGAAAAGUGGACAGCUACUCAACACAAAAGAUUAAACAUCUCUGUAAUGAUGUCUGGAGUUCCUCAUGUGGACUCUGUUUUACCUAUGAGAAGGAUUACGUAAUGGUUGAAUCCAUUUAAGGUCGACUGUAAAAGGGAAACUGACUUUAAUAGAGCUGUUGGAGGGAAAGUCUAUGGCAAGAAUUGGUAGUAUUAAUGUGUCAUCACAUCCAAUGAUAAGUAUGAUAAUACUAAUAACAUACUAAAAUAAAUCAUAAUGGACAUCUGUAUAAAUUAACUGGAAAUAUAAAAUGACAAAGACACAAAAAUAUUCCUCAGUUCUAUAAAAUGUUUUGUUUUCCCUAUCUCAAACAUAAUUAACAGAUGCACACUUUACGGCCAACAGAAAUAUUUCUGUUUUUCUUUGAGGUCUGACCCACUAUUCUUAUUUUCUCGCUCAUUUUCUAUAAGGAUGACAAAAACAACCUAUUGCAGGUUCCAAAUGAUCUCCAUUUAUGUUGGGGAUCAUAAAUGAUCCCCAGACUGACUUAAUAAACUCAUAAAGUUAAAUCAGUCAAAUCAGCAUGCAUUUAGAGACUGAAAAUUGGAGGACUGAUUCGAAAACAUAUUAAUCCGACCUUCAGAUCCCCGAUCAGAGCCGAUCAAGGGAGAAUCGACCAAUUCUGUCCUCUGGUCAAUUCUAGGUGUGACCUAAUGAAUAAAACAACUCAAAUGCUAUUGCAUCAUUCUUGAAUAUAAACAACAGGAGACAAUUAAUAAUUAGUACACUACAUUUUGAUAAAAUGAGUAUUGUUUUUCUUUUUCUGAAACAAUGCCAAUCUCCAGUACAAGCUGUGGUUGCUUUUUUGACCUGCUUAUGUUUAAACAGUGAUGAGUGCAAAAAUAAGAGUACUUUGCUCUCUAUGCCCUAAUCUUUUUUUUUCUUCCUUUUGCUGUGUGUCAGACUAAACAAAAUGUUCCUAAGUGGAAGUUAUUCAUUCAUGGAUGUUGUUUGUCUCAUAGUGGGACAGGACAGUGCGGGCUAAGCGUUCUCUAACAUACUCCCUGACGGUACGUAUCUGUUGGUUGGAUAGUUUACUGUUUUGUGUCGUGGAGAGUGUAAAUAGAUGAGAAGAAAAAAUGGGCCGCCAUGAUUAAAUUUAUAUAAGUCCCCCAAAGGAGGACAUGCUAGAGGUUAAAUAUGCAUUUUGAGAGAAUGCGGAUGCAACUUACCUUGUGUUUUAUGCAAUUUAAGGAACCAGAGAGGAAAUAGACUGGGGACUAAUGUCUCUAUAACAUUCUAUACUAUAUUCUUUAUGGACAUUUUUCAAAAACCCCACAAAUGCUGCUUGUGUCUCCUUUGGUGUAAAAGGUGAGUAAAAGUGUGUGGACUACAGGGUGCACAUAUACUUCCUAUUAUGCUAAAACUGCAUAUAGAAAUUGUUAUACGUGCUGAUUUUUUUUUUGUGUGUGUGUGGUUAACAAGUUUAGUGUUAUUGUUACCUUUAUUAAUGGGAAGAAUAACGCUGUAUAUGCACUGCCUAAAUGUAGAUGCAUAUAACAUAAUAUAACCAAUCAAAAACAGUGGGAUUCAAUGUAUGAAUGUGCCUUUUAUGGCAUGAAAUAAAACAGAUGUUCAGCAUCAAGA